UAUGAGGAGUAUAGAUAAGUUUACUGACACCGCUACAACGUGUUUUUAUCGCUGGCUGUCCAGACGGAAGGUGCUGAAACGCUUUGUCGCGUGUCUGGAAGAAGUGAAAACUUUCCUGGGCAGCAAAGGGCUCACCUUUCCUGAGCUGGAACAGCCAGAGUGGCUGGAAAAGCUACACUUCAUGGUAGACAUGACAGCGCACCUGAACACGCUGAACACAGCUCUUCAGGGGAAAGGACGUACAGCCCUGCACAUGUUGGAGGAUGUCUUGGCAUUCGAGCGCAAGUUGACAGUGCUUGCCAGAGAUUUACAGAAAGGCACUUUGUCUCACUUCCCCAAUUUGAGAGAGUUCAAACAAGGUCACAACAUGAUAAAUUCGGAGUAUUUACAUUCUGCAAUCAUCGCAAUGCAAACAUCGUUUGGGAAACGCUUCUGUGAGUUCAGAGAGGAAAAAAACACAUUAUCCUUCCCGGUCACUCCCUUAAGCAUCGAUCCUUCCCUACUGAAUACGACUGCAUUGGCAGGUGUGAGUCAACCUGAUCUUGAGAUGGAACUGGCCGACAUAGCCGACAAAGACAUAUGGGUGUCCAAGUUUAGACGCUUGACAGCAGACCUUGAUGAUGUUGCCCGUCAGAAGGCCGUUCUUGCUCAGAAACACAAAUGGAGUGAUAUUGAAAACCACACAGAUGACAGCUUGCGAUCCUGUGUAAAGAUGAAGGUGACAUCAUACAGCCCUGAUGUGCAGACGCUGUGCGCUGAGGACCAGGAGCAGAAAUCCCAUUAACCAAGUAUGAUAAAUAUUUUAAUUGCCUAUUAUUUUACUUAUAUUCAUAUUUUUUCAUUGUUCAGUGAAAUAGUCCUUUCAUUUUUCAGGAUGACAGCUGGCUGACGUUAUUUUUGGUUUGCUGCUGGCGGAAAAUUUAAGUUCGGCGUUUUUCAUAAAUACAAGAAGGACUCAAAUAGACAUUGAAUAUUUUACUUAAAAGUAACUUUCAACCCAACGUCUUUUUUUCGGAGUUCAAAAUGUUUUUGUUGCAUGCAGAAAUGUAAUUUCGUUUUCUCUGCAGGAGUUCAUCAAUUUCAUAAAUGCAACACAUUAUAGUUUGUUUAUACAUAGCAUAAAGGCAAAAAAAACGUUGUAUGCAGU